AUGCCGAAAAUGCAGACUUAACAAACCUGUUGCAUAAUAUACUGAAAACAUUUUUACGGCAGUAUUUUCUCCAAAUAUGUUCAGAUACCAUUUUUUUCAAACAAAAAGGACUUAAGUGUGUGUUAAGUGUCAAUAUCACUGUUUGAAAAGAAAAUGUGCUAAAGCGCAGGUAAUGUUGGUCAACUUUACUACAGACUCUAUAGUCCAUUGCGGACUGGAGUAAACGACAAAACCCCGGCAUACUUAUACUAUCCAAAGAUAUUACCUCGGCGCUAUUACCUGGCACAACAUUUUGACUGAAAAUGUUCCCGAAAAUAGCGGAUUCUGUUAGAAGUAGCUGAGAUUCGCCAUUACAUGUUCAAAGCUACGCACACCAUCCGAUUCGUCACAGAAUAAUAAACUGCAGGACAGGGAUCGGCCGUUCUCAUAAUCAAAAUGCAAUGCGUCUAAAAUAAUAUGUUCUGUUUAUAUUUUUUAAUUCACGCUUCCUUAGUGCCGUCAAUCUCGAACAAACGGUAGACUAAAAUGUAGUAAUGGAAGAACCAUUUAGCUAUUAGAUAAUAUAAUGGCCCUGCUACCGUAAAAAUUGAUUUGUCUCAGAUGGCUAUGAUAUUUUCGUAGAGGUGAACAGGACAAAUCUACUUUUUCUAACAGCAAUAUCCACACACAUAGUUUAUGAAAUAUAGAAGAUGCUACAAACCCAUACAUAAAAAUUUAGAGGCAGGUUGAUAGGAAUGGCGAAAUGGGAAUUACCAAAUUGUUUGGAUGAUCUCAGACGAUGGGCGACUGAUCCUAGUAUAGGAGCCCAUUAUUACAACACAAAUAUACUUAAUUUAAUUGCAUAUUCAAAAAACUUUUUCGUCGAGAAAUUUAUUUUUAAGAUUUCGUUAAAAUGUUGACAGUUUUUAAAAUUUUCUCAAAACAGCGUUUUGUACGUAGACUGGAUAUAAGCAAUUAUAAUAAUUUCAGAACAUUCUUAUCCCAAGCCUAUUAUUGCAAUGAAGUAUGGGAUCAAAGGCUGAGGCAUCCUAUAUUACAAAAUGUAAGACCGGAGGAACUGUACUUAGAACUUGAUCAGAGUUUUCAAAAAUCCCGUUCUAUUAGUCCAGUUCGUGUGGAUAUAUUUGCAAAUGUAGUAAAAGAUGACUCUUUUGCCGAUGAACUUUUAGAUUUAGUACAUAAGCUAAGGUUAACUGCAAAUACGGGUAAUACAUUAGAAUCAACUACACAUGCAGUUAUGAGAAUACUGCUGAAAUGGAAUAAAGUAGAAGAUCUCUUAUCAGCAUUAGAUGAUCGAUUAAAUUAUGGUUUGUUCCUAGAUUAUUAUACAGCAAAUUUGCUUCUUGAUACAUUUUGGAAAAAUGAACAAUAUGCCAAUGGAGCUUUAGUAUCUAGCUUCCUUAUGCUUCAAGAAGAAUUAGAUCAUCCUUUAACUUGUGGUCUCUCAUUAUUGCACUGCUAUAAGUAUUUAUUAAAUCCUAAGCAUUGGCUCGAAAGAAAGCAGCCGGAAGAACCUGAAGAAGAAAUCAAGGUAAGAGUUAAAUAUAUAAGAAAUCCCUUUGAUGAUGAUCAUUUUGAUUUGACAAAUCCAGACAAAAUUAUGGGCAAAACAUUGGCAAUGAUUAGUAAAUCCAAACAUGAUAUUUUGCAUCAAUCAUUUCAUAUUCUUGGUUUGGCGUUGUAUGAUAAACCAGAUAAAGUAACUGAAUAUUGCAAAAAAGUGCAAUCAAGUUUGAUAAAAGAAGUAAUUGACUUAAUUCCAAAAGACAAUUCAUCAAACAAUGUGGUGGCAUCUUUAAAAACACAUUCAGAAGAUGUGAACCAGUUGUUAAAUAAUCUUACUAAAAAGGCAUAUCAGGAAACUUCAGAAAAGGAUAUCAGUGAUCAGUGUUUAAUAUUUGAUAAGUGGGAACAAGAAAGAAUCAGAGCCUUUCAAUUAGAAAAUGAACAACUACUCAGGGCUAAGAGAUUGGCUGAAAUUGAAGAGUUGCAGAUACAAUUAAAGAAAAAGGAAGAGAAACUUUGGUUCUUUGAGAAUGAAGAAAAAAUUGAUUUUAAAAUUCAAAGCAAUAUGAUUGAUAUGCCAACAGACACACAAGAAGAGAAAAAAUCUAUCACAGUUACAGCAGAUGAAGAUUAUGUGCCGCCAGAAGUGCAAGCCAAGAGGCUUGAUAAGUCAAAGUUAAGUUAGUUUUAAUUAAAUAUAUUAAAAUGUUCUCGA